CCCAAAAGGAACAAUGGAUAUCAACCUCUAAUUCCCCCAAACGAUUAACCCUUCCUUCCUCUUUCAUUCCUAUCAUAUCAAUCAUGGAACUUCCCCAAUUCAUCGAAACUCUCUCCACAUUAUUCACUACAACUACUUGACAUGUCUUCUCAGCCACCACCACAACAACCGCAUCAGCAUCACCUCCACAAAAAACCCACCUCCUUCCCUGACUUUAUCUUCACUGCCUUUUCUCUCUUCAUUUUCUUCUCUUCUUCUAACCCCACAACUUCUAUUAUCCGCAAAUUCACCCCACUUAUUUCUUUCCCUUUAAAUCCCCGUCGAUUCGUCAGAAAUCCCACUAUGUCCAACCCCUCUUCCACCAACCUUCGUAACCCUACCACUCACCCCUUCCCUAACCCACAGUCCCUCUCCGAUUGGCUAAGGCCGCGUUUGCCUUCCGAUUCUUUUUCCUCUUGGGGUGUUAAACCGGGCACCAAGAACGUUAAUAACCUCUGGCUCGAGUUAUCUGAAGGGGAGACUUUGCUGGCUGAUUCCACCCCUCCGGUUCGAACCGUGGAGGUGAUGGUUGUUCGGGUUAUUGGAAAAGACAAUAAAGUCCUUGUUGAAUCACACCAAGAAUUGUCUAACGGCGCCCAUAGACGCCGGGGCCGGCCGUUAUCUGAAAAGAUGAAGCCUGGUGAGACCGUUGAAGAUGCGGUGUUUCGUGCAGUAAAAGAAGAGCUUGGUUCAACAAUUGUUAAGAUUUUGCCAAAUUCAUACUCGAAGAAGGUGGAAGAAAGGGUUUCAGCAUCGUAUCCUGGAUUGCCUGCUUGUUAUGUGUUGCAUACAGUGGAUGCUGUAGUGGACGGUUUGCCUGAAGAGGAGUUUUGCACUGAAGAGACCGAUGAAUAUGGAGAUUCUAGUGAAAGGAUGCUCGCUGAUGGUGCAGUUUCAUGUAAAAAGCAUUACUGGAAGUGGGUCGAUGCUGAUUCGUUGUGAUCACUUAUGUGGGAGGUGAGUUUGAGCUCUUCUCCUUCCAAGAUUGAAUUUUGAUUGCCAGAUGGUUUAAUAAUAAGGAUGGCUUCUCAGGACGUUGGGUUGCGUUUGGUAUACUUUAUAGGAUAUUUAAAUACAAAUUACAUAGAAGAAUUCUUGAUUUAACUUUCUAUAUUAAUGUUAAUAUCCAUGUCAGUUAUUGAGGUUUUAGUACUUAAUGCGUGUAUAUCUUUCUAACGGCAAGAGCUCCUUGUAUUAUCCUGAGAAGAACAGGAUGUCAUUUGAAACUCCAAUUGCAUUGUACUUUAUGGUGCGUCCAAGUGGAAGUAACUUGACAUUUACCAGCUCUCAGCCAAGAUAAAUAGAUGUGUGCUUGUUGUAGUGGGUGAGCUUGUCUCCUACCACUUGAGAUGA